AUGUCUGUCAAAGUAGACGAUAAUAAGGAGGAGCCGGCGGUGAGCUUGAAGCAGCAGUGCGUGAAGUGCUUCCAAGGAACCAACUGCAUCAAGACCAUCGUCAUCGUGUUGUGUGUAUUGCUAGUAGUGCAACAGAUAUCGUCGUGCAUCGAGAAGCUGAUUGACAAGCCCAUCACGACGUACACGCACUUCGACUACAACAAGACUAUCACCUACCCGAGCGUCACCUUCUGCCGUGAGCCGCCCUACAAGCCUGACGUGUUGGUUAAAUACGGUUUAUACGCGCAUCCCCGGUACACAUCCACGUGGAGAAACUUCAACUUCUCCAGGAUACCCCUGGACCAGCUCUGGGAAGAGAUCACUUACAACCAGGACGAUUUCUUCGUGCAGUACGCCCUGGACAACUUGGAAGAAAAUUUGAAGAUAACCCCAGUGAUGGGUUUCUUGGGCGGGCGCUGCUACUCCGUGUCUCCGAGGGUGUGGAACCGGAAGGUGAAGACGGGCCGCGAGUUCGGUUACUCGAUGACCUUGCAUCACUAUGCCUCAGACCUGGAGGAUCCCGCCACCAUCGUCCAUCCCGGGUACCACGUCUAUAUACACUACUGGCGGGAACCCUAUACAGAAGUAGAGGUGUACAACGGCGGUCUGGUGGACUACCUGUACAUGAACACGGGGGAGAUGGUCAGCGUCAAGCUCAAGGUGGACGAGUACGUCAUGAUCAGCAGCGAGGACGAGCCUUGCUCCACCGCGCACAACUACAGCGCCAAUGCGUGUACUUCGCAAUACGUAUCGGAUGUGGUCUCAGAGAUGGUGGGCUGCUCCGGACCCUGGAUGAAGAGUGACCUUCCGUACUGUGACAACUACGAUGACAUGAAAGAUCUCAUUACACACUAUAUGAGCUUGUACCAACACCACGAGUGUCCCAGCUGUCCUCGAUUCUGUCACUCGUUGCUGUACAACGCGUUCGUCACGGACCGACAGAAGAACUACACGUGGCAGGACCAGGACGGUCACCGGCCCGUCUCCAACACGGACGCAAGUCUGGAGACAACAAUCUUCCUGCACUUCAACAACAUGAUGGUGUCUGUGUACGAGGAGAAAUACAACUACGACUGGAACUUGUUCGUGUCGGACCUCGGCGGCAGUGUCGGUUUUCUCUUAGGACUCUCAGUGGUGGGACUCUUCAACAUCAUCGGCUACAUAUGGAUUUACUUCAUCCGGCCCUUCAUUUGCAGUAAAAACAGUAAAGUUACUGUGGACAAUAGUAACAGUAACUCGGACAGUGUAGCCACUGUGAGCCAGAGCGAAUAUUACAAGAAAUACGAUCAGAAAAAAUAAAUAAUCUAAUCCUUGGUUAAGUUAUUUUUCGAACAUUUUUUUCAAUGUGGUUAUUAGGAGAUAGAGGCAAAAUUAUAUUAUUUAGCAUGAA